CAUUUCAUUAAAGUUCUUGGGCAUACAAUAAAGUCUGUUCGAAGUUUUGUCCGGAUGAUGGUGGAUGAAAUGAGAUCUUCUGGUUGGGAUGUUAAUGCAGCUGCAACGGAAAUCGAACCCGAUGCUGUUUAUUGGCAUGAUGAUCAUAGAUGCUUUGCAUUCGAGGCAUUUGUUUUCAGGGAAAUGUUCGACUCCUUCCAUAAACUCAAUUUUUCUCUCCCAAAUGAAUCCUUGCCCGAAAAAAGGAAACAGAAGCAAUUUUUCUUUGCAAGAUUCAUGGAGCUGAAGCUAAGGAAAACAAAAGAUUUUCUUUCACAAAAUUCUAGGACAGCCUUUGCCAAAUUUUGUCGGGUUAAGUAUUUGCGACUCGUUCAUCCCAAAAUGGAAUCAUCAUUAUUUGGUAAUUUGGACCAGAGAAGCCUAAUCAGCUCCGGUCAAUUCCCAGAUACAACUUUCUUUGGUACAUUUGCAGAGAUGGCAAGGUGGGUGUGGCUCCUACAUUCGUUAGCUUACUCCAUUGAACCGGAGGCUUCCAUUUUUCAAAUAAAGAAAGGAAGCCGAUUCUCAGACGUCUACAUGGAAAGCGUAAUUGAUGAAAUGUUCCUUUCACCAGAUUCUGACCCAUUUGUAGCAUUCACUGUCGUUCCUGGGUUCAUGAUUGGUAAAACUGCAAUCCAGUGCCGGGUCUAUCUCUCACAGUGACCAUUUCUUUAUUAUGGGAACAACAGUAUAUUAUCUUUUACCAACAACCACAGGCACCAACUCAAAGAUCAAGCUGUUCAACAAUGUACUUCUCUCGAUUGAACAAAGAUGGUGGACAAGCUGCUGCACAUAUUGUGACGGAGUGGCAAACAUCCUCCUUAGCCGUGCAGUCAAAACGAGUAAGUGCAAUUUUCUAGCGAUUUUGGAAGUGAAACCGCGUGAACUGAAGUUAAUUGUCUUAUUUAUCUCGAUUUAAAACCAUCCCAUCAAAUUUGUUAAUAUUAUUAUAGGGUCAGUGACAGAGGAAUGGUCUGGCUGUUGUGCAACAGAACCAGCCAAUGCAUGUACAUGUAAGUAGCAAUAACUAUUAUAAAAUUAUAUAUAAAGUUAGAUGCCCCAUUUAAUCUC